CAAGUAGCGAAGAAUAUGGCGACGGAGGAUGUGAACGAAGCCCUUGCGGCGGCGGAAGUACCGAUAGAGUCGACAACGGAGAAGCAGCCUCAUAAGCUGGAAAGAAAAUGGUGUUUCUGGUUCGAUAACCAAUCUAAGCCAAAGCAAGGCGCCGCCUGGGGAGCUUCCCUUCGUAAAGCCUCUACCUUCGACACUGUCGAAGAUUUCUGGGGUUUGCACGAGACUAUAUUCAUUCCCAGCAAAUUGACACCCAAUGCUGAUAUCCACUUGUUCAAAGCUGGCGUUGAGCCCAAGUGGGAAGAUCCAGAGUGUGCUCACGGCGGAAAGUGGAGUUAUGUUGUUACCAACAACAGGAAGCAAGCUUUAGACAAGGCUUGGCUUGAAACUUUGAUGGCUUUGAUUGGAGAGCAAUUCGAUGAGGCAGAUGAGAUUUGUGGUGUUGUUGCUAGUGUGCGCCUAAAGCAAGACAAGCUCUCCUUGUGGACACGGACUAAAUCAAAUGAAGCUGUCCUGGUUAGAUUACGAAUCAUGUUUUCUUCUAGUUGUCUUUUUUUUUUUUUUUUUUUUUCAUUUUCUUGCUUUUUGGUGGUGUGCGAUGAGAUGCCCAUGUACUAUUCACUAGCUUCCUUUGUUGAACGUGUUGAUUGCUUUCUACAGUAAAAUAGCAUAAGCUGUUUAAUAUAUCAAUAACGCUACUCUAAAUUAUCAACGAAAGAUGUAGAGAGGUUUUUUAUAAUGAGUUAAAUUAGUUUUUAUACUGAAGGUUUAUAGGUUCGUUUAACUAUUCAUAUUUCUGUGAUACCUGCUUUUAUAGUUUACGCUCUAUAAACAUAGCAUUUGACAGCUCUUUAGAACAUGGCAGUAUCUAGAUGCUAAA